GAAAUCUCCCAGUCUCCCAGAUGCGAAGGCCCCCCAGGCCUGUUACCCUUUUGGGUACGCGUCUGGGAGACUGGUCACGAGUCUAGCUGCUUGUGGGGUCUGCGGACCGAGUCGGCCAUCUCGGUCUGGCAAUGGGGCUCAUCCCCAAGAAAAAUGUUAGGCGAGACAUCGUCAACGCCGCGUACACCACUCCCGAGGAGAAGAAGCUGGCCUCCAAGCUCCAAGCUCCAACGGCGACGCGUUGCGAUUCAUCGAAAGGGUUGACAGGCACGACAGCUUUCGUUCCGCUGAGCCGUAGUGGCUUUCGAACAUACGGUUGCUAGGCCUCGGAUCAAGGCGUAGUUUCCUUCUGACAUCCACGGUAAAGAUAGGCAUUUGGCUCGGUUGGAAUAUUCUGUCGACGCUUCUGGGUGUGGAAUAUUGGUCACUCUUAAUUCUCUUUGGGACUUAUAGUGAUAUCCAUCCCCAGUACUCGGAGGUUCGGUGCUGCCUCCAUGUCCUGAUUUUCCUCCCUGCGUCACCUUGCUCUCCCAUGCUCAAACGCGCAACAUCUCUCCUACUUUCGUCUUCUGCUUGCUCCGUGUCUGCUGUCCUCCGAACACUUCGCCGUUCUUGGCUAACACCAACUCGUCGCUUCCCACAUGCCAUCCCCGGGCCGCCCCGCCUUCCGCGCCGUCGAAGGGAUCGCCAACGCGCUACACAACCGCGCUCCUAUCUCCAGCCUCAUGAGCAAUCUACCCCUUCUCUGCGAGCUGCUCGAGGACGACCGCACCAAGGUCAGGUUUGUCUCUCCCUCCUCUAGAUCUUCUUCCGGCUGGUCCAGCAUCGGUAACGACUGCACGUACUCGCCAAUCACGAUGCUACCCCUCGAACUCCUCCGCAAGGUCUUUGUCCUCUGCCUCUCGGGCACGCGAUACCACGAGCCGCACGCCCGCCGUGUCCCACUGCUGCUUAUGCACGUGUGCAGUCUAUGGCGCGAUGCCACUGCGAGCACGCCCGAGCUAUGGUGUUCGCUGUAUAUCCGCCCAUCGAGCCGCAUGCCCAAGGACACGGAUGUCGCGCUGUACCGCGCGUGGCUCGAGCGCGCGGGCACCUUGCCGCUCGCGGUCGCGGUCGACGCGCGGUGCUGGUCGAGUGUGGGCAUCGAGAGGGAGCAGAGGGACAGCGCGAUGCGGUGCAUCUCGAGCUGGGAUGUGCAGGUGUGCGAGCUCAUGGCUGCGUUCACGCCGCGCUGCGCGGAUCUGUAUGUGAUCUACAGGCAGGGCAGGAGGAAGACGAAUGCAGCGCUCGCGAGCCUGAUUGAGCACGCGCGUGUGACUGAGAGGCUCGCGCUGGACCUCGAGGAUCUGAAGGUGCUGUCUGGGUGCGAGGGCGUGACGAUGCUCCCGCCGAAGCUUGAUCUGCGGUGCGCGGUCGAGCAGGUCGCGUGUUUGAGGACCCUGGGUCUCGGAUGGGACAAGGUGACGGAGCUGCGGUUCGAGCCGCAGGAUUACCAUGCGUUCGAGGAGAUGGCGCUCGUGCAGCUGCUGGAGAUGUGUCCGAACCUGGUGCAUCUUACGUUCGACAAGCUUGAUUCUGCACUCGGUACGCGGACCAAGGAAUCGGGCUCCGCUGCCGCCAUCCUCUCCAGCAAGCCCCCUCGCCCGCCUCCACUGGCAACAGCUACAGCGUCUUUUUCCUCUCCCUUUUCUUCUUCUUCUUCGACGACCACUCCAGCCUCAACCCCAUCUGCGGAACCGUUUCUGGUACACACCAGCCUGCGCUCGCUGCACGUAAAUGUACACAACUUUGUCAAGAUCGCGGUGGGCCUCAUGCACCCCGACCCCGGCAUCGCUCUGCCUAACCUACGCCUGCUCACGGUGACGGUGCACGAGCCCCACGCGGGCGUGCUCGAUCCCAAGGGCGUGCAAUAUGUCCUAAGCACAUUUGUGGAGUUUCUGAGACGCUCGGGGUGCACGCACGCUGUUGACGUGGUGUUCACCGCGCGCGCCGUCUGUCUGGCUACUAGCGACGGCGGCGGGGUCGAGAGCGAGGCGUACCGCGUCCAUGUCGCGUCCGAUUCCAAGCUCGUGUCCGCGUCUGGCACAGCGCUACGCGGACAUCGACGCGGCGAUUCUGUGUCUAUUACGCGGAUGGGGAUGGACGAGCUGUCGGAGGAGGCCCAGCACUUAAGCAGGCUCAGCUUGCGCCCGAUGAUCAAGAUGCGCAAGUUUAGUAUCUGUGAGUUCAAGAGCCAGACGCGGUACGAUCGCAAGCGCGCGUCGACGUCGAUAUGCACGGGCGAGGAGGGUGUCACGGCGGCGGCGAAGGCUGUGGGUAAACAGCGGGUGAAGACGGCUUGAGAAGGUGCUGCUGCGGUGCUCGUGCUCGAAAAAAGAAAAACCCCAGAUACGGUUUCAUUGUUUCGCUUUCGCCCCCGCAGCUCGGUGCUGCGUUGUAUUUCUUGCCCUCUUGGCUGACGCGAAUGGUGUGUCGCAGCAGAGGAUUUCUUGUUCUCAUUUUUCUUGCCAUUGGAUUUUUUCGAUCUCUGCCAUCUUGCGUGUCGGAUACGAUACCAAUAUCCA